UGCGCAGUUAAAGUCGGUCAUUCUCACUCCGUAGGACGGACUAAUUGACGCGAUAGCAGGGAAACCGGUGGAGAAGCUGCAGCUCUGUCGGUAUCGUAUCUAUAACACCGAUAUGAAUCACCGCUUCAGAUCUGAUUUGAUUCGCCGUGAGAUCUGACCUACAUCUGAACUCUCCAAUAACAUCAGACACAAGCGACUAAACUCUUCUGAAGUUUGACACAGUUCGAGGCUGAGUCGCGCGGACUCGGAGCUGUUUUGUUUUUAGUGUCCUUGUUUUAAUACUGCUGAAUUUGUCAAUGCGUUUGGUUGCGUUCAGCUUUAACACGUCGCCACUCAACUGAUUCCUCCGGACGUCGAGGUGACAUUAUUUACCAGUUUUCUCUCUCUGUCUCAGCGAUGGCAGACGUGGUGGUCAGGCCUGCUUCCCCCUCAUCCUCCUCGUCUCUCCUGGAGAUCGAAGCGGAGACGCGGUUGGUGCUCAAGUCUUUUCUGCGUAACUCUCUGUCGAUGCCUCCGGGACAGAGGCCUGGAAGAAUAGGAGGAGAGUACAACGACCCAAACAAAUACAGUGCCUCAACAAAAGAAAAAUCGAAGAAAGAUGCAAAUGGAUGGGACUCUUUGGAUGAGGAGAUCAGUGCAGCAGAGGAAAAGAAACAUGGAAUUAAAGAUUUAAUUAAAAGAAGACUGAGAUCCCGUUCAUCUGUGAUCCAGCGUGCUAAGAAAGACAGCAGUUCUGACCCGACUCCAAACAACACCCUGGAGAAGCAGAGUCAGCCGGGCCAGUCUGACAAGCCAUCAACAAACGGAUCACACAGUUUACCCAGAAAAACAGAGGAAGAGAUAUUACCACUGUCUUCUGCAUCUGAAGAGGAAGGUGACAGAAAAUUGGGGGACAAAAAGAAGAAAAAGAAAAAACUGAAGAUAUCUGAUAUACUCAAAAAAGUGUCAUUAAAAAAAGAAGAGCCUCGUCCUCCGCGCCCAGCCUCUCUGGCUUUUAAAGAUGUCCCAAAAUCUAUGGAUCAUUCUGUUUCACCAUCCCAUCCACCUGAGUUUUAUGACGGUGUAGCAGAAACUCUGGACAGAAUUGCACAGAAACACAGUGUGAAAAAGAAAUCGCCUGUUAAACCAGAGCCUCCGCCAACUGCACUUAAAGGCAAUGACAAAGAGGCUGUGGUUCAACAGCUAGUUCAGAUAUUGACUUCAGAGGGGGAUGCCAUGAACGGAAAGAUAAACGCCAGUCCCUUCCUGCGGUCCACCCUCACACGCCUCUCCUACCCAUCCUUUGCCAAACUCCUUGACAUGUACGCCAGUCAGAGUGAAGAGCCCCCCGCUCCGGCUCCGGUCAGCCCUACGCUGCGGCGUCUCGCCAUCACCAUGGAUGUGUCUCGACGAGUGGUCACGGCCACUGGAGUUCAGCGUCUGACUGGGUAUGCUGAACGCUACAUGGAGAGCUUCGCACCAUGGGUGGUGAGCCAUGGAGGAUGGGGGAACAUUGCACAACUGGAUGAGGUUCUGGAGUGUGAUUGACCUCAGUCAUUGACCUUACAGUAAAUCUGUUCAUUAUGAACUCUGGAGCAUGUAGCAUGACCUCUGUGAGGAGAGCAAGAACAAGAACCAGCCAGCUGGGCAACUGACACUACUUGAUUAUAUAGUUUCUCUGCUGAUCUAUUUAUUCUUUUGUAUUUGGAUGUUUUUACAUUUUUUUUAAUGUGACUUUUAUAGCAAAAAUACAUGAUUUCAAUCAUC